AUUAUGGGCUCUAUAAAAGCAAGAGUAAUGCAGAUUCACUUUGCAGACGACGCAGCUACCUUCACUGGCACGAAGCGGCAUAUCUCCGACAUCAUGACUUCCACUGGCUUUGACCAUUAUUUCCCUUCUACCUACAAGAGGAGAGUGGUGGUACGCAAUGCAGGAUAUGGAGCUGCAGGAGGGAUUGGAUCCAGGUCUGCUUACUCGACACACUCCGCCCCAAUGCCCUCCUAUGCGUCUUCACGCAGAAGUUAUCAAACAUCCACCAGAGCUCCUUCCAGCUACUCAUCCAUCCUUCCUACUGCCGCUUCAGCUGAGCUCCGCCUUGAGCAAGCAGUCCAGGUUAGCUCUGAGUUUAAACAGCUGAGAACCCAGGAGAAGGCUGAGCUUCAGGACCUCAAUGACCGCUUUGCAAGCUUCAUAGAUAGGGUCCAUGAGCUGGAGCAGCAGAACAAGCUGCUGGAGACGGAGCUGCUGCUGCUCAGGCAGAGGCAGGCAGAGCCAUCCAAUCUUCGGGCCCUGUAUGAGCAUGAGAUCCGCCAACUCAAUGCCGCUGUUGAAGAGGCCCGCCAUGAGAAGCAAGUGGCACAGGACCAUAGAGACGAGAUGGAGGAUGUCCUGAAGAACCUGCAGAAACGCUACGAGGACGAAGUCCUCGGUAGAGAGGAAGCAGAGGGACGGCUCAUGGAUGACAGGAAGGGAGCAGAUGAAGCCGCUCUGGGCCAGGCCGAGCUGGAGAAAAGGGUCGGCACCCUCCUGGACGAGUUGGCCUUCCUGAAGCGCCUCUGCGAAAGCGAGAUUGCCGAGCUGCAGGCCCAAAUUCAAUACAGCGUGGAUGUGGCAGUGGGGAUGGAGGUCUCCAAGCCAGACCUGUCCACAGCUCUCCGUGACAUCCGCAGCCAGUACGAGACGAUGGCUCAACGCAACCUGCAAGCGGCUGAAGAUUGGUUCUGCAACAAGAUGAGCGUGAUGACCGUGGGCUCCUCACGCAGCACAGAGAACGCACGCAGCGCCAAAGACGAAGCCGGGGAGUACCGUCGACUGCUCAAAGACCGAACCCUGGAGAUCGAUGCAUGUCGGGAGAUGAUCCAGUCGAUGGAAAAUCAGCUGCAAGAGGUGGAAGAGAAACAGAGUGCAGAGAUCUCUGCACUGCAGGAAACCAUAAGUCAACUGGAGGAGGAGUUGAGGGGAAACAAGAAUGACAUGGCCCGCUACCUAAAAGAUUAUCAAGACCUCCUGAAUGUAAAGAUGGCAUUGGAUAUUGAGAUCGCAGCAUAUCGGAAGCUUCUUGAAGGGGAGGAGAAUCGCUUAAAUGUGCCAAAACCAGCAUCUUUCACCCAUUACUCCCAGAGCAUGGCCUCCGCUCCAGUUUACAGACAAGCCCAGGUCUCCAGGCAGUCUCUGCUGAGCUCUGCCGCUCCUUACAUGCUGAGCUCGCGCUUGUACUCUCCGUCGCUCUACAGCGAGGAUGCGAUAACCGCCAGCCAGGCCCAACAGGCGGAGGCCAGCCCUCCUCAAGAGGAGGAGGAAGACCAGGUGGAAGAGGAGGAGGGAGAGGGAGGAGAGGAAGAAGGAGCAGAUGAGAAGGAGGAGGAACAAGAAAAGGCUGAGGGGGAUGAGGAAGAAGAGGGAGAGGAAGGCGUAGAAAAAGAAGAGGGAGAAGAGGAAGCAGAAGGAGAGCAAGAGGGCGAUGAAGAGGAGGGUGAAGAUGAAAAACACGAGGAAGACGGAGGAGAAGAAAGCCAACCUCAAGAGGAAGAAGAACCUGAGCAAAAAGAUGAUGGAGAAAGUGUAAAGGAGGAGGAAGAGGGUGAAAAAAAAGCUGAAGAGGUGGAAAGUGAAGAGAAAACUGCAAAAACAACCGAGAAGAAAGCCUAGACAAAACCAAAGAUUUCUGGAGCUCAAUUUGCAGCAAUACCUCGUUAAAAAAAGAUGCAAACCUGCUGAACUCUGUAGUCUGGGUCACUGAGGUCUGCAGUUUUACUAACAGCAUGUAUGCCCAUGUUUACAGCUAAAUUAAUAAAGUAGAUGUCAGGAGCAGAAUCUGCAAACCGGUGCUUUAACUCUCACCAAAAUGUGCUUAUCCAGCUGUCUUAAGACGCAACCUGCAGUUAAAAAAUGCCUUACCUAAACUCCUCUGAGUGCUUAGAGUCUCAAAAUCUGUUGCAUUUAAGUUCAAUAAAGCCUGGUCGACCAGAA